AUGAAUGUGUUGGAUGAUGAAGAUGACCAAAGCUUUCACGCUAUGCGUGACGGCUACUCCCAUUUGAGCGAUGUCGAAUGGGAUGCGGUUGAACGAAUGGGUUCGACCAUGGGCAUCCAUGCUGUUAGCGUCAUGCUAGAGGCUCUCAAUAGAGAUGCCCAACAUGCUACUAUCGCCAAGUUCAUUCAAAAUGAACUUGACGCUGAACGCGAGAAAGUAGCCUUGCUUCACCAACAAGGUUCUCAACAAGCAGAGUUGUUGAGAGAACAGGGUGUUCAACAGUUUGAGCUGUUGAGACAGCAGCAGGCUACUGCUGUCGAAGAAGACUCCCUCUUGAGAUGGUUCGUCAAAUUGGAUGACGCCAUAAGGGCGCGUCGCAUCGACGACGGGGAUAUGCAAGUUGCAUUUGCCCAGUCAAAUCUGGCAGGACGUGCCAAGACUUGGGCACUGGGGCUCAAGUUGCACGACCCAGAUGCGUUCGGGUCGUUAAAAGUCUUCAAGUCGCGGCUCAGACAAAAGUUUGAACCGCCUGGAGCUGAGUUCAGAGCUCGAACCGAACUCUUGAAGCUCAAACAGGGUAAGCGUGAUGUGCACGCUUACGCGCAACAUAUACGACAUCUCACGAGUUGUAUAAGUUCCAAUCCGGUGGAUGAACACACGUUGGUUUCGGUGUUCAUGCAGGGUCUUGCGGAUGGUCCCGUCAAGACUCACCUGUUCUGGCUUGAGCUAGAUUCACUAGAACAAGCCGUAUCCAUUGCGGAACAGGAAGACUUCAGUCUGAGACAGGCUCGCGCCAGAUCGACAUCAUAUCGUCAACCGAGACGAUAUGACAGCGGAGGUCCAGAGCCGAUGGAACUCUGUUAUGUAGAGAGCGAGAAGGCUCGCUCUACAGACUACAAGAAGUUGCAGAAAUGCAACAGAUGUCAGAAGACAGGACACUACGCUUACGAGUGUCGUGCCCCUCGUCCAGUGUCUCGCAACACUGGGCGUAGUGACCGUCCACCCAUGAUAAAGGGGCAGGGACGAGGGUCCGCAGUUGGUGCAAAGACGCAACAACGGGAUGGACCGUCAAAAAACGGACAGGAUCAGUAG